UGGGAGAGCAUCAACGGUCUGAGAAAAAUUUUCAAGUUUUACGACCCAGAGCUUCUCACAGUGCAUGGGAUCAGCGAUGAAGAACAGAGUCAGUCUUUUGACGAUGCGGCAAGACGAUUGGCUAAUUGGUUAUCAUUAAUGAACAGCAACCACCAAAUGUUCUUUAUUCCUUGGAAUAUCGGGAUGCAUUGGACGCUAGUGGUGGUUGCGCCAAGGAAAAUUAUCCAUUUAAACCCUGUAAAAGGCCGCCCAAUUCCCGAAGAAAUAGAACAAAUGAUCGGAAGGGCAUUCAUGUAUAUAGGGGACGCACAUCAGUAUCUUGGCCCGUGGCAAGGAAUUUCACAAGCAAACUGUCCAAGACAACCUAAAAGCCAAGAAUGCGGUUUUUAUAUUUUGAAAUAUAUCACUGACAUCGUCGCACGUGCCAACCCCAACCGUUACAUACAAGAUCAAAAAGCUGUAAGUUUUAAUUAUUGAUCAUAGUAUAUAAAUUUUAUAAUAACAAAUAUAUAAUAUACAUAUACAUAA